AUGUCGGACGAUCAAAUCUCGCUGCCAUAUCUACUGGCCAUCCUGGCCAUCUCGGGCCUGGUGAUAAGAUACAUGUUCUUUGCGGCACCGUCGCCGCCUCGGCCUGCGCGAUCCCCCGAGGCAUUCCUCCGAUCGAGAGAAAUUGCAGUUGAGAGAAUACAGCAGAUGUUUCCGCAGGCCGAUAGGCGAAGCAUUCUCUGGGAUCUGCAGCGCAAUGGUGGAAACAUCCAGACCACGACAGAGCGCAUACUAUCAGGCCGACUGGACACGCCCCCGGUUACCUUCCAACCCCCACCACCUCCAGGCCAGGCCGCAACUGAGAAGCCAGCUCAGCCGGACCUCAUCACGCGAUACAACCUCAAGAGCAAGCUAGAUAGCGUAUCGCAGGAAGACCAGGAUACAAAAGGGAAGGGUUGGAGCUCGAACAAAGAUGAGCGCCAGGCUUCGUUGCAGCGCAGAAGGGACGAGAUGAUUCUUGCUGCACGAAGGAAGAUGGAGGCCAAACUCGCGGCCGAAAAGUCGGCCCAGGGAAAUUGA